CCACCCACUCCAUCUCUCAGAAGCUUAAUUUCUCUCCACAUUUGAAGAUAGCUAGCAAGCAAGCAAGCAGAGGAGGAGGAGAGAAAUGGCGACCAAGGGAAGAGGCAGUGCAGCAGCAAUGGCGGCCACAUUGUGCCUGUUCAUGUUACUUGCCGCUCUCCACUUCGAAGUAGCAAGUGCAGCAGCCACGACUUACACUGUUGGAGGCUCCGCAGGCUGGACCUUCAACGUCUCUGCCUGGCCUACAGGCAAACGCUUCAAGGCCGGUGAUGUGCUUGUGUUCAAGUACAAUCCAUCGAUCCACAACGUGGUGGCGGUGAACAAGGCAGGGCACAGCGGGUGCAACACUCCAAGGGGAUCCAGAGUGUUCAGCUCAGGGGCCGACAGGAUCAAGCUUGUGAAAGGACAGAAUUAUUUCAUCUGCAACUUCGUUGGACAUUGCCAGGCUGGGAUGAAGAUAGCCAUCACUGCUCUCUGAAUCGAUCGAAAUGCUUCACUAGCUAUCAGCUGGGUCGACUAUGGCUACAUUUCUUCUCUGUUUUUAUCUCUGUUCUGUUCUGUAAGGUCUUAAUAUUACCUGCAAAAAAUAAGUGUUGGUGCUGUUUAAUUAACUGAAAAAAUAGUUACUCGAAAUGCUUCACUAGCCACGGUAUUUGAUG